AAGGGCUCGAAACGUGAUUCGUUACUAAUCACUGUUCAAACUGAAAGCUAUAGGGAAUGCGUCGGGAAACAGAAUUCUGAAAUCCAUGGCGGGAGCUGAUCCACAGAAGCAACUAAUAUCGCUGAUUCGCAGCUUCGCCUCCGAGAAGUCUCAAGGAGAGCACAGAAUAGCUGGUCUCAAUGAGCGAAUAGAACAGCUUCGAUCCGAACUAGAUUCUGCGAAUGCUGAUCUAGAAGACGCCAAGCGUCUCAAAGAAACUACUGAGCAAGAGCUUAAAGGCUUAGAAGUUGAAUUGGCUAUGAAUGAAGCUUCGAUUCAAACCCUAGAGGCUAGGAUUUCUAUGAUUCAGGACGAGAUAUCCAUUGCCGGAUCCGGUUUAGAUGCUCUGAAGAAUGAAGAAUCGGCUUUGCGAGAUGACUUUAUUAAGAAAAUGUUCCAGCUCAACAAAACUAUAAGGAAGUACCAGGAAAAAAUAGCUCAUGCUUUUCACAAAGACAAAUUGAUGAGAACUUAAUGAAUGAAGGUCUUUGUAAUUUGUUGAUGGAUAGAGCUAUCUGUUCCAGAAGAUGCUGAAGAUAAUAGGAAAGGCCAUGACCAUAAGAUUGCUGACAUAAUUUCCCAGAUCAACGAUGAGGAACAGGAGCGUCAAGCAGUUCAAAAUAUUCAUAAUCAGCUCCAGGAGGACCUAAUGGACCUGGAAAGGAAGGUGUUCCUGAUGGAGGCAGUUAUGAAAGAAAGAAAGGAGUUGCAGGACUUGACUAGAUAUCCUUAACAAAAUUACAGUGAGUAAUAUCUAUUUAGCAGCCACUACGCCUGCUUGGUAAAUACUUUUGUCCUUUGGCCAGUUUACCAAACAAGUUUGCCCUUCUGAGCAUCCUGGGAAAGUAAGAUAUGUUUCAGGCAAAUUAGCUUAUCAUUUUAUUUUCUUUCUUUACUAAUUUUUCGUAUUAUCUGGGUAAAUAUACUAUAUGCUCUCUUCAGUUGCUGGGAUGAUGGCCAAAAGAAUAUUGAUUGUUGGGCUGUUCUAGAAAUUGUCUGUGCAGCAACCAGUUAUUGCAUUUGUCUGUCCUGGAUUUUGUGUCCUGAAACUUUUAAUAGAGAUUUGACGCUAUUCAGAACAUAUUGCAU